GGGGCUUUGGGGAGAAAAAGGAAAAAUAAAAUCUUUAAAAUUUACGAACAUCAAAAAUGUUCUAAACUAGAGGAUGUCCAGGGUGCCUUCUAGAAUACCAUUACUCUUGAAGAUGAAUAACCAUCUUCUAAAUACUUUAAAAAUAGGUAAAAAAUGGAGGGGCAUUCUAAUUUACAGCGUCAGUCUUACUAUUAAAAUGAAAUAGUUAUUCCUAAAGAAAACGAUUGGGGAAAAUGAAAUUAAUAAGUUGGUUUUAAGUUUAUUCCUAAUAUUCAUUUGUCCUAUCAUACCAAUACAUCACUAUUCGCUUGGUUUAAAAGCUAUAAAAGUCUAGUUUUAGGUGAACACAAGUGCUAUAUACUUUUGUAGCUUUAUAGUACUAAAGUCAAAUCUGUAACUUAGGAAUAGAUUUUCAAUUCAGAACGCAUGCACAUUGAUCAAAAUAUGAGAAAUCCUCCAAACUUUGAUAUUAUCAUGAACGUCUGUGGCUUUGAGAUCAUAGGGAAUUCUUGUAAGGUUGCAAACUUUCCUAUUAGGCAUUCACAGGGUGGGGCGGGGCGGGGCAAAUUUGUCCCGACAAACGCACAGCAGACGGGAAGUAACGGGUUAGAGAAACGUGAAAGCUCCUGACGUGUAGCAGGCGCUAAAUAAAAUUUGGCUGAAUCCGCCUCGCCUAAAGGCUGACUCCUCCCCAAACCUUAGCCUCAAUUCCAGUUGAGCGAUCCCGGCACGACACUAUUCAUGGUUGACAGUUCAGAAAGAGAAAAAUUUGAAGGAGGAUGGAUGCAAAAGCUCGAAAUUGUUUACUUCAACAUAGAGAAGCCCUGGAAAAGGACAUCAAAACCUCCUACAUCAUGGAUUACAUGAUUAGUGAUGGAGUUUUAACAGUAUCGGAGGAGGAAAAAGUAAAAAAUGAGCCCACUCGACAGCAAAAAGCAGCUAUGUUAAUUAAAAUGAUACUUAAAAAGGAUAAUUAUUGCUACAUAUCAUUCUACAAGGCUCUACUACAAGAAGGAUAUAAAGAUCUUGCUGCCCUUCUCCAUGGUGGCAUUCCUGUUAUCUCUUCUUCCAACGGCAAAGAUUUGCUUGUUGGAGUAACUUCAUAUGUAAAGACAGUCCUGUGUGAAGGUGGAGUACCACAGAGGCCAGUUGUUUUUGUUACUAGAAAGAAGCUGGUUCAUGCAAUUCGGCAGAAACUCCUCAAAUUGGAUGGUGAACCGGGAUGGGUCACCAUUUAUGGAAUGGCAGGUUGUGGGAAGUCUGUAUUAGCUGCAGAAGCUGUUCGAGAUCAUACCCUCUUAGAAGGUUGUUUCCCAGGGGGUGUGCAUUGGCUUUCAGUUGGGAAACAAGACAAAUCUGGACUUCUGAUGAAACUGCAGAAUCUUUGCACACGAUUGGAUCAAGAUGAGAGUUUCUCCCAGAGGCUUCCACUUAAUAUUGAAGAGGCUAAAGACCGUCUCCGCAUUCUGAUGCUGCGCAAACACCCAAGGUCUCUGUUGAUCUUGGAUGAUGUUUGGGAUCCUUGGGUAUUAAAAGCUUUUGACAAUCAGUGUCAUAUUCUUCUUACAACCAGAGACAGGAGUGUUACAGAUUCAGUAAUGGGUCCUAAAUACGUAAUCCCUGUGGAGAGUGGCUUAGGAAAAGAAAAAGGACUUGAAAUUUUAUCCCUUUUUGUUAAUAUGAAGAAAGCAGAUUUGCCAGAACAAGCUCACAGUAUUAUAAAAGAGUGUAAAGGUUCUCCUCUUGUAGUGUCUUUAAUUGGUGCACUUUUACGUGAUUUUCCCAACCGCUGGGAGUACUACCUCAGGCAACUUCAGAAUAAGCAAUUUAAGAGGAUAAGGAAAUGUUCAUCUUAUGAUUAUGAAGCUCUGGAUGAAGCCAUGUCUAUAAGUGUUGAAAUGCUCAGAGAAGACAUCAAAGAUUAUUACACAGAUCUUUCCAUCCUUCAAAAGGAUGUUAAGGUGCCUACAAAGGUAUUAUGUAUUCUCUGGGACAUGGAAACUGAAGAAGUUGAAGACAUACUGCAGGAGUUUGUUAAUAAGUCUCUCUUAUUCUGUGAUCGAAAUGGAAAAUCAUUUCGUUAUUAUUUACAUGAUCUUCAAGUAGAUUUCCUUACAGAGAAGAAUCGCAACCAGCUUCAGGAUCUGCACAGGAAGAUAAUCACUCAGUUCCAGAGACACCACAGGCUACAUACUCUUUCACCAGAUCAGGAGGACUGCAUGUAUUGGUACAAUUUUCUGGCCUAUCACAUGGCCAGUGCCAAUAUGCACAAAGAACUUUGUGCUUUAAUGUUUUCCUUGGAUUGGAUUAAAGCAAAAACGGAACUUGUAGGUCCUGCUCAUCUGAUUCAUGAAUUUGUGGAAUAUAGGCAUAUAUUGGAUGAAAAGGAGAUUUCAGUUUGUUCACAGGAUUGUUCAGUCUGUGAGAAUUUCCAGGAGUUUUUAUCUUUAAAUGGACAUCUUCUUGGACGACAGCCAUUUCCUAAUAUUGUACAACUGGGUCUCUGUGAACCGGAAACUUCAGAAGUUUAUCAGCAAGCUAAGCUGCAGGCCAAGCAGGAGGUCGAUAACGGAACGCUUUACCUGGAGUGGAUAAACAAAAAAAACAUCAAGAAUCUCUCCCGCUUAGUUGUCCGCCCCCAUACAGAUGCUGUUUACCAUGCUUGCUUUUCUGGGGAUGGUCAAAGAAUAGCUUCUUGUGGUGCUGAUAAAACCUUGCAGGUGUUCAAAGCUGAAACUGGAGAGAAACUUUUAGAAAUCAAGGCUCAUGAGGAUGAAGUGCUUUGCUGUGCAUUCUCUACAGAUGACAGAUUUAUAGCAACCUGCUCAGUGGAUAAAAAAGUGAAGAUUUGGAAUUCUAUGACUGGGGAACUAGUACAUACCUAUGAUGAGCACUCAGAGCAAGUCAAUUGCUGCCACUUCACCAACAACAGUCAUCACCUUCUGUUAGCCACUGGGUCAAGUGACUCCUUCCUCAAACUCUGGGAUUUGAAUGAAAAAGAUUGUCGAAAUACCAUGUUUGGUCAUACAAAUUCAGUCAAUCACUGCAGAUUUUCACCAGAUGAUAAACUUUUGGCUAGUUGUUCAGCUGAUGGAUCAUUGAAGCUUUGGGAUGUGAAAUCAGCAAACGAGAGGAAAAGCAUUAAUGUGAAGCAGUUCUUUAUAAGUUCAGAGGAGCCUCAAGAGGAUAUGGAAGUGAUAGUGAAAUGUUGUUCAUGGUCUUCUGAUGGUGCUAGAAUAAUGGUGGCAGCGAAAAAUAAAAUCUUCCUUGUUGACGUUCAUACCUGUGGCCUAUUGGCAGAAAUCCAUACAGGUCACCACAGCACGAUCCAAUACUGUGACUUCUCCCCAAGUAACCAUUUGGCGGUGGUAGCUUUGUCCCAGUACUGUGUGGAGUUGUGGAAUAUGGACUCGUGUUUAAAAGUAGCUGAUUGCAGAGGACAUUUAAGUUGGGUUCAUUCUGUGAUGUUUUCUCCUGAUGGAUCAUCAUUUUUGACAUCUUCUGAUGAUGAGACAAUUAGGCUCUGGGAGACAAAGAAAGUAUGUAAAAACUCUGGUAUAGUGUUAAAGCAAGAAAUAGACGUUCUGUUUCAAGAAAAUGAAGUUAUGAUUCUCGCAGUUGACAACAUGAGACGUCUGCAACUCAUUAAUGGAAAAACAGGUCAGAUUGAUUAUCUGACUGAAGCUCAAGUUAGUUCCUGUUGCUUAAGUCCAAAUCUUCAGUAUGUUGCACUUGGAGGAGAAGAUGGAGCCAUUAAGAUUUUAGAACUCCUAAACAACAGAAUCUUCCAAUCCAAGAUUGGGCACGAGAGCGCUGUACGGCACGUCCAGUUCACAACUGAUGGGAAGACUCUUAUUUCAAGCUCUGAUGAUUCUGUAAUUCAGGUAUGGAAUUGGCAAUCAGAGGAAUAUGUCUUUCUGCAAGCCCAUCAGGAAACAGUGAAAGACUUUAGGCUCUUGAGAAAUUCAAGACUGCUUUCUUGGUCUUUUGAUGGAACAGUGAAGGUGUGGAAUAUUAUUACUGGAAGAAUAGAAAAAGACUUCGUCUGUCACCAGGAUACAGUACUUUCUUGUGAUAUUUCUCGUGAUGCUACCAAGUUUUCAUCUACCUCUGCUGACAAGACUGCAAAGAUUUGGAGUUUUGAACUCCUUUCCCCUCUUCAUGAAUUGAGGGGCCAUAAAGGCUGUGUGCGCUGCUCUGUCUUCUCUGGGGACAGUACGCUGUUGGCGACUGGAGAUGACAACGGAGAAAUCAGGAUAUGGAAUGUCUCAAACGGUGAGCUUCUUCAUUUGUGUGCUCCGAUUUCAGUAGAAGAAGGAGCUGCUACCCACGGAGGCUGGGUGACUGACCUUUGCUUUUCUCCAGAUAGCAAAAUGCUUGUCUCUGCUGAAGGAUCUCUUAAGUGGUGGAAUGCUGUCACUGGAGAAUCCUCACAGACCUUCUACACAAAUGGAACCAAUCUUAAGAAAAUACACGUGUCCCCUGACUUCAAAACAUAUGUGACUGUUGAUAAUCUUGGUAUUUUAUAUAUUUUGCAGGUUUUAGAGUAAAAUAGUUAGCAUUAAUGUAAGUUGAACUCUUUUUAAUUUUGAAUUGGAAAAAAUUCUAAUGAAACUUUGUAUUUCAACUUUUUGUAAAGCUGUGAAUUGUUUUGCACUAUUGCGUUCAUUACAAAAGUGUUUGUGGUUGGAUGAAUACUAUAAAUGUAGCUUUUCCCAAAUGAACACACCUUUAAUCUUGUCUUUUAUAAUCAUCAUCAUUAUUAAGUUUGUCCUUAAGAUGCAAAUGCAAAUGUAAAUAGGUACCUUGUUAUACUGUUGAUAAAAUUCUCUCUUGGUGCAUUCCAGUUGGUUGACAUAAUUAAUAAUUUGAAGGAAAUAUGUAUUUUAAUACUAUCAUUAUGCAGGCUGUGCCUCAGGGAAGCAGCUGCUUGCUUUCUAAACCACCCUUACCCCAAGGGUAUCGUUCUCCUAAAUACAAUCUUGGAGCUUAUUUGCACCCCUUAAAUUUGCUUUAAAAAUAUUAUGUCUGUGUGUGAAGUUUGCAACAUUUCCUUUAAUAGUUCACUCAAUGAGUGAGUCUUGGGGUUUCAAAAGUUCUCUCUGUGAAGCAAAAAUUGUGUGUGUUGGAGCGAGUAGAUUUUAUUGGUCUACCUUUUUCUCACUGGCUGAUGGCAGCCCCAUGUCAUAACUGACUCUCGUUGUCAGUCUCUGAGUUGGCACUAUCCUGCUCUGUCUUUUUAAAUCCCAAACUGAACUUGACCUUUCUUAAUCCUCACCUUUUUCCUUUUUUUCAGCAGUUGCUUCACAGUUAAAUGUUGGUAAAUCAGAAUAAUUGGGGAGGAGCCAAUUUUAAUCAUAAAUUUUAACAAGCGUUUUCCUAAGAAAUAUAAAAUUGUAAAAAAUCAUUUUCUUCUAAUUCCAUUUACGUGUAGAUGAAUGGUAUUGUCAGUGCUAUUCUCUUAGUGAAUUUUAAGAGAAUUUUCUCUGGUUUUCUAUGCGGUACCAGAAGAGUGUUCGUGACUCGGGAAGAUGUCACCUUUAACCCCCACCAGUCUAUCUUCCCCUUCUCUUCUUCCUUCUCCCCCGCCCUCUCAGGCUAAUCAGGGAGGAUAGCUUUUGACAGGGAAGAAGCACAGAAGCAUCAAUAACUAACUUUUUUGACCUCCUGAUUAGGAAUUUUAAUUGCAGCUUAAAUCUAAACAUUUUCUCUGAAAUAUAUGGUUAAGGGAAGCGGUGAUAAAUAGAUGUGGUUCUCAUAUAAAAAAAUAACCAAAAUUCAAAAAUUUUCGUUGCUGUAAUGGGAACUAAAUCAAAUGAGUAUUAGUUAACAGUAGAUAAGCCAGUUUCUAUUGGUGCCUAUCAGUAGAUGUGGGCAGGUAGGAGGGAAUAGGCCACUCCAGAUAUGUUUUAGAUUAGGUAUUCCUUCGGAUUUGAGGGAACCGUACAUAGAAUAAGUAAAAUCUUUUACAUUGUUGAGGAGGUUUGUUUAUUGUUUUUAUGAUGAGUUGAGGAAUUUAGUUUACAGACUUACUGUGAUUUAAGCAAAUAUGAUGUGAAAAUCUUAAUUUUAUAAAAAGAUUUCUGUAAAUAGUGUGUUCUGCUUAGAAUAGCCAGAUCAUAAUUUGAUUUGCAUGCAAUGUUUAGGAACUCUUUUUAAACUCAGAGUAUAAAGUAUUAACUUUCAGAAUUAAAAGCCACUUGACUGUUAAAAUAUAACAUCAGCUUUCAAAAAGCCUCGAUUGGCCCUUGUCUUAAAAAUAAAUUAAAAAGGAAAAUGAGAAGAAAGACAGGUAACGUGAGGAAAGAGGAGAAGUCUUGUGUGAAGGAGCUGCAAAUGUUCUGGCAGCUCACGGGUCAGUUGGAGAGGGUUUGGUUUUGUACUUGUAGCGGAGCAUUUUCUAGCAUUUUCCCUGCUUUAUUUUUUUGUAUUGGAAAUUACAUUGCAUUUUGUAUCUGUAAAGUUUUUUUUACAUUGUAUGUGUCUUCUAUGUUUUGAAAACUUAGUUUUGUAUUUAUGAUACAGCUUACAUGUUUUUUUUGCCUUGUAUACAUUUUAAUACAUGAAUUUAAAAAAUUUUAUAAAAAUAAAAUUCCUAAAAUAUUUUUG